GCACAACAUUCAAAUCCUCGGAGCUACCUAAACCCCGGAAGAAUCGUCCAGAGAACCAGCAUGGAAGAGGAGACGGAGUCUAACAUUUAAAGAGGUCACAUUAAUAGGGGAAUGGAGCCUGGAGAGAGCGGGUUCACGGGGAUUUGGGGAAAUGAGUUGGAGGCGGACGGAGGGAGGGAGGCAUCGGUCGAACGAACGAAGGAGGUGGGGGCGUGGCGCCAACGAGGAGUACGAAGAAUUCGGACAACGACAAUUAGCACCAAAUCCUGUUCGAAGGCAGGGCUGCUGACUGACGAUUGAGGCCGUGUGACGAGAGUGUGCGGACGGUUCGCGUUCGCGAAAGUCGUAAUCCGGGCUCCGAGACUCGACACAGAGAUUGUGCGCGCUGGUUGCUUCUCCAGCCACCGUGCGAGCGAUUUUGUCUGCGGCGAGCGAAGCGAUUCCCUCGAUGGUUUGUUAACAAUUCCCAAAGCUCAAGCCGAAGUCCGCCGUCGAGCUUGCGAUGAGAAAGAAGCCCAGAGCGUCGGUGCACGAAACUCCGUGUCGUAUGAUGAUUCUGAUGAGCGCGAGGGGACGAGCAUUAGGGUUGUAAUGCUUUUCUGCCGGUGGUUCGGCAGGAGGAUUUGGGGAAAAUGAGUCGAGAUAGACACGAUGGGGAUGCAGGAUGAAAUCUGAUACCUGAUUGCACUGCUCUGAGGCCGAGCUUGUAACGAUCAACCCUGUUCUUCAAGAAAAUGUUCCGAGUCAAUGAUCCCGAGGGAUUUCUCAAAGUUCGUCCUCGUCUUCUUUUUUGAGCAUGUGGUUGCCGCCUCAAGGAACGUGCCUGGAAAUGCCGAUAGUUUCUCUCAUCAUUCAGCCCCUGCACUCUUGAGAUCUUGGUCGUUGUGAGCGUUGACCUCGGUCCUAGCUGCGUGCGUAGACGCCCGAGCCGAGGUUAGGCGAAACGAAACGAGGAAGCUUGAAUUAUGGCUCGUCCUGUAAGCCUCGGAACACCUGCUACUCCCGGCACUCCAGGAACACCCGAGACAUCGUUCAAUAUGUCCGGUGAGCCGAACGGACGGGGAGUCCACGUUAAUCCAAAUUUGGCCGGUCUCCCCGAAGAUCCCAAGACAAGAGAACAAAUACUCCGAGAACGCUACAUGAAGGGCCUGAAGAAACGCAAGUGUACAGUCUGCGGGAACACCGCCCGUGCGAGAUGCCCUUUUCGCGCAUGUAAGACUUGCUGCUCGAGAGCACGGAACGCCUGCUCUGUUCACGUUCUCAAGUCCGCCACCAAGAACAAGCCCGAAGGAACCAUCGUGCACCCGUCUUACAAUGCACCACCAUCCGGCCAUGCGGAACAACCGUGGCUGGCCGCAACUCUGCAAGCGUCCAUGGGCAGCAGCUACCUCAGACCCGGCUACAGUGUGCCAUCACCUUACAACAUUCCAACUCCGAUUGGGCUUGGCAUGGGUCACCCAACGCCAGUGGACACCUCUGCGGUGGGCAAAAAUUAUGCCCCAUCUUCAUCGGGAGCCCGGGCUUGGGUGGCGAGUUCUAUCUUGGAACAACAAGAAGCUCAAAGGCUGAAAAGUCUCAGAAUCGCCAACCAAAAGGAAGCGUACAUGACAAACUCCUGGAGGCUCCAGAAAAUCAAAGAGCACGCAGCCUCAGAGAUUAUGGCAGAGGAUGAAGCAUUCGACCGCUAUGUGUCGAACGCCUCUCUACUCGAAGAGAUUUUUGCUCUGAGGGCUGGACCCCUGAAGGGGCUGACGGCAGCUGGGGAGCUGCUUCGCUCGGAGGGGUCGAGAUGUAGUGAAGAUGAAACUAAAUUAGAUGAGUCAAUUUUGUUGGAUGCGAUGAGAUGUAGGCUUGCAUCGAAUACUAAAAGGAAGGAUGCAAGCCGGCAGAAGCUAAAGCAAGUGAUAGAUAAGUCCUUAUUAAGGUUGAGAAAACCAGAGCAAGAGCCAUCAGAGGUAAUUGUGGAAGACGAUGACAGUGCUCUGACGGCAGGCGUGUGUGUUGCUCGUUUGGAAAGCAAACGUUUCAAAGCACAAACCGAAGAAGGGAAGCAAAGCUUGAAGAGGACGGAGGCUUUCGACAUGCUGUUACAGAAACUCAAUCACGCAAAGAACCAGGAGUCGUUGCAAGAAUGUGUAGAUUUGUACAAAAGUAAUCUAGGUCACGACUUGAGCCUCUUGCUGCCUCAUAUUUCACAAAAUUUGGAAGGAAGCUCUUGUGUUAGAGAUAGUAGCACCAAUGGGAAAGAUACAGCAGACGGCUCCCCUACCUCACCCCUAGCGAGCCAAGCAGCCCAGCUGAACACCAUGGCUGGAGCCACCCUUCCCAGUAGAAUUGCUGCAGAGCAUGAAGACGUCAGCAGUAUGGUGUCGUCGAGUAACGGAAAUGUGGCUGCUCCCGCAAGGGCACUAGGAAGCACCGGAUUGUCUCUGCCUGAAUUAGUGGCUACGCCUGUGAACAAGAUGAAUGAGAGACCCUCGGGAGGCGUGUCCGAGAACGUAGAAAAGAUACACUGGCAUCGGAAUUUCGUAAGGGGCGUAGGUUAUUGGAAGGUUCUUGCCUCCGAAGACACCAUCUACAGCAUGUGUGCAGAAGCGGAUACAUCGUACAGCGCCAUACAGCCUUUAUAAUACUGAGCGUGUCUUGGGCGCCGUGUCUCCCAUAUGUCAAUUCUGUUAUCAAUUGAGCACCGUUCAAGUUGGUCUUCAAUUUCGAAACCGAUUGGGUCCAAAGACUACGCAUACAGUGCAGACUCACGACUAUCUACCACAUUGCCGAGCUUUGCCACGGUUUCAUGGAGUACUAAGUGUGUUCUGGAGGUGUCGAACGGGAAGGACUUCUUACUGUCUGUGUCUCGGCAAACAGGAUGGGCUUUCUGUACGGUGGAGGUGUACACGAGUGAAUAUGAUCCACCCUUGCAGUAUCUAGACUCGAGGUAACCAGGGCCAUCGCAAUCUGAGUACCGAGCUACUUUAGGAACACAGAGAGAACUACUUCAGGAACACAGAGAGAGCGACAUCUUAAUCCACAGGAUUUCAGGAGACAAGCACGACAGUCUGCAGGAGAAAUCUCAGAGGUAUGAGAGUCAGGAUGGAAGGACAAUCGUCAACAAGUUUACGAUUUGCACUCAUCUCCUCAUCUGGUUCGGGUGCAAAUGUGCAGCCAUCCCGUACUCCAGCCAAAAUGUUCAGCUGUCUCCAUUUUGUACUUGGUCUCCAUAUCGUUACAUAAAGACCAUUCUACUUGU